AUGCUUAUCUACAAGGACCUCAUCACCGACGACGAGAUCAUCUCGGACUCGUAUGACCUCAAGGAGGUCGAUGGCAUCGUCUACGAGGCCGACUGCGCCAUGAUUACCGAGGGCGCCGUCAACGUCGACACUGGUGCCAACGCUUCCGCUGAGGAGGCCGAGGAGGGUCUUGAGGAUGCCGAGGUCAAGGUCAACAACAUCGUCCACUCUUUCCGUCUCCAGUCCACUAGCUUCGACAAGAAGGGCUACCUGGCCUACCUCAAGGGCUACAUGAAGGCUGUCAAGGCUGGCCUCCAGGCCAAGGGUGCUCCUGCUGAGGAGAUCACCGCUUUCGAGAAGGGUGCCCAGACCUACGUCAAGGAGAAGCUGCUGCCCAACUUCAAGGACUUUGAGUUCUACACUGGCGAGUCCAUGAACCCCGAUGGAAUGAUCGUCCUCCUCAACUACCGUGAGGAUGGUGUCACCCCCUAUGUCAUCGUCUGGAAGCACGGUCUCACUGAGAUGAAGGUCUAA